AUGAAUUUCUUGCAAGCUUAUGGAAGUGAUGACGACAACGAUCAGCAACAGACAACAGCCGCUACGUCGUCGUCCUCUUUGGAAAAUGUAAACCCAUCAACAACAAUAACGGCAGCACCAAGUGUUGCACUUUCCGAAUCAAAACAAUAUAUUGUUCCUAAAGAUGCUACCUCCCUUGUUUUUAAUCCAAAAUAUAAUGAAUUGUAUGCACCUCGGGUUGGACCUAAAAAUCCAUUCCCAACAAGCCAUACGAAAUUUGAUUCUGGAUUUAUUUUGAACGGAGAGAUUGAUCAGCAUAAUAUGAAUUCAUAUUUAUUUAAUAGUCAAUAUUAUAAUUAUGAUGUUUCAAGGAAGGGACAUUUACUUCCGGGAGGAAUUGAUUCCGAGCAAGCUCAAUCAUUGACAACCAGUAAUGAUACUACCACUACUGGAGUAAAGAAAAAGAGAAAACGAAAACCAAACAAAAAUGGAAAUUCAUCGAUCAGUGAAGAAGCACAAGAUAACAAUGAAACGAACUUUGUCAUAGUCAAUGAAGAAGACGAUGCCGAUGUAAUUGCUGGUUUUGAUCAGGAUGCAUUCAUUCAAGAGGAUGAAAAUGAGAAUGAACACGAACAAUUACUUGCUCAACUCAGAGCUCAACAUGAAGAACAAUUAGCAAAGCGAAAAGAAAAACUUGCAAAUGCAGCUAAAGAAAAACAAGAAAAAGAGAAUGAAACUGGAAACAAAAAGAGGAAAAAAGAAGUGGAAGGAACCUUGCCAGAAAUUGAAUUCAAUCCAGACAUUGAGAAAAAGAUUACUACAGAAGGAAAAGACGGAUACAGUAUUUAUCAUUUACCUCGUGACAUGGAUUAUCAGGGAAGAACAUUUAUUGUACCUCCUUCUCAUAUUAAACCAUGUGACUACACAGAAAAGAGAGCAGUUUUGCCAAAGAAGCUUAUUCAUACGUACACAGGUCACAUGCCUGACAAGAUGGUAACCUCCAUAGAAUUCUUUCCUAGAUAUGGUCAUUUGCUUUUGAGCGCAUCGAUGGAUGCUACCAUUAAGAUUUGGGACGUAUUGGGUCAUCGAAAUUGUGUCAUGACCUAUGUGGGUCAUACAAAGGCCGUGCGUGCCAUUUCCUUCUCUUCGGAUGGAUCUAAAUUUGCAAGCUGUGCCUACGAUAAGAGAGUCAAUAUUUGGGACGCGGAGACUGGAAAAAUUUUACACACACUCACCUCUGGUUCUACUCCAUACUGUGUCAAAUGGAAUCCUCUCGAACACAAACAGCACGAAAUUCUUGUAGGAUAUUCAGGUAGUAGAAUUUUGCAGUGGGAUACUAGGUCAGGAAGAAUUGUUCACAAAUACGAGAGACAUACUGGAUCUGUAAAUUCACUUUGUUUUGUGGAUGGUGGUAAAAAGUUUGUCUCUAGCAGUGAUGACAAAUCCGUGAGAUUAUGGGAGUAUGGAAUUCCAGCAGAAAUCAAAAAGUUGGCAGAUCCAGAACAACAUUCAAUGCCAGUAAUUGAAUGCCAUCCAAAUUCCAAGUGGGUUGUAGCUCAAUCUCUCGACAAUCAAAUUUUAACUUUUGAAGCUCAAACUAGGCUGAAACAACAACAAAACAAAAUAUUUAAGGGUCAUCAAAUUGCAGGAUAUGCUUGUCAAGUGGGUUUUUCAAAUGAUGGAAAGUUUGUAUUCAGUGGAGAUUAUACUGGUAAUGUAUGGUUUUGGAAUUGGAAAGAUGCUACACAAAUUAAGAAGAUGCAAUGUCAUGAAGGAAUCUGUAUUGGUUGUGUGUGGCAUCCAGUGGAUCGUUCUCUUUUUGCAACGUGUGGAAGUGAUAGUACUAUUAAACUUUUCCAAUAA